AUAGCGGAGCGGACCCCACAACCCUCAAACGCGGACCCUCAGCAACCCUUUCAGAUUGCAGCCAUGACGGCCCCCCUCGAGGCCUGUUGCGCCGUUUGCAGCAAGGAGGAGGUGGACAUCCACUGCCAGAGCUGCCACUGGCUGCUGUGCCAGGACUGCGAUGCCCUGUACCACCGCCACCCGUCGCGGGGUGGGCACAAACGGACCCCACUGCGGACUGGGGAACAGGACACCGCCCCACCCAGUGAGGCAGCAGUUGGACACUUGCCGAUUCUGGGCUCAUGGCCGGGCCUGGCGACGCCCCCGGCAUCGGAAGAGGGGGAUGUGGUCCCAAGGGCAGCGAGGCCUGGUCUGGGCCGCCGGAGCCUGAGCGCCGACCAGCAGAGCAGCCGGCCGCCGGCGCCCAGGUCUGACCGCCGGGCCUCGGACCUGGCGGCCCUCACCAUGCCCCGGCCGCCCUGGGCCUGCGCCAGCUGCGGCCUGGUGAACGAGGCGCGGGCGGUGCUGUGUGGGGCCUGCGAGAGGCCCCGGGCCAGCCCGGCCCCCGUGCCAGUUGCCGGGGAGGCCAGGGCCGGCACCCUGCCCCGGGGGAGCUGGUGCUGCCGGGCCUGCACCUUCAGGAAUGAGCCCAGCGCCGUCCUGUGCAGCACCUGCGAGAGGCCCCGGCUGGCGGGCAGGCCGAGUUUCGGCCCUGCGAUGGCGGACAGGCCGAGUUUAGGCCUUGCGAUGGCGGACAGGCCGAGUUUAGGCCUUGCGAUGGCGGACAGGCCGAGUUUAGGCCUCGGGAAGCCAGACAGCUCCGUCCUGGAACAAGCCCUGGCCCCGACGCCGGUGGCUGCUCAACAGGUCACCGGCUGGGAGUGCCAACACUGCACCUUCUUCAACCAGCACCCGGGCCGAGUCUGCGUCGUGUGUGAUCGGACCAGCUGCCGGCCGUUGGGGCAGGAGCUGAGCACCCUGCUCGGCUCCGUCAGCUCCCACGCCAAAGUGCUGAAGCUGGAGGAGGAGGGGCCUGGGCCUGCCCCAGGAGGAGGAGGAGGAGGAGGAGGAGGGGCAGCGGCCACCAUCGCCGACCGGGCCCGGCAAGAGGAGAUCCGCGCGGCCGGACUGCGCCUGGUGCACCUGAUCCGC